AAUAUCCCUGUAGCACAUUCUUGGUUUAUAAAUAGACAAUGAAAACGAACGCUUCUGGGGAUUCAUAGAUUUUAUAAAGACCCCUGUUGUUUGAUUGGAUCAUUCGAAGAGAAGAGAAAGAAAAAAAAAACAUGGCAUCCUCUGCGUACACCAAACCCAUCUUCCCCUCUGCCUUGAGCGUCUCAUCCGGAGAAACAAAAUCAAAACUUUGUCAUGUCUCGUUCAGGAAGAGAAUCUCCCCGACACCCAUCUUCCAGGCUCAACGUGAACGUUCCUUGGUGGUGAAGAAUGGUGUGAAAACGGUUGAGCCGACAAGAACAUGUGCGUCGGAGGAUGUGGGAGAAAAGGUGAAAAUCCUGGUCUCCGAGAAGCUGGGAGAGGCGGGGCUGCGGGUGCUAAGGGAAUUGGGACACGUGGAAUGCGCGUACGAGCUCUCACCGGAGGAGCUCUGCAAGAAGAUCUCGGCCUGCGACGCCUUGAUUGUGAGGAGCGGAACCAAGGUGACGAGGGAAGUGUUCGAAGCUGGCAAGGGAAGGUUGAAGGUUGUUGGAAGAGCCGGUGUGGGCAUUGACAACGUCGAUCUGCAAGCUGCUACUGAAUUCGGAUGCCUCGUUGUCAAUGCUCCCACCGCUAAUACUAUUGCUGCUGCUGAGCAUGGGAUCGCUCUCCUCGCUGCCAUGGCUCGCAACGUUGCUCAGGCUGACGCCUCCAUCAAAGCUGGAAAAUGGCAGAGGAGCAAGUACGUGGGAGUUUCCAUGGUUGGAAAGACAUUGGCGGUGAUGGGUUUUGGAAAAGUUGGAUCGGAGGUGGCGAGGCGUGCGAAAGGGUUGGGCAUGCACGUGAUUGCACAUGAUCCCUAUGCUCCUGCUGAUAGAGCCCGUGCUAUUGGUGUGGAUCUUGUUUCGUUUGACCAGGCUAUCUCCACUGCAGAUUUCAUCUCCCUCCACAUGCCACUCACUCCAACCACCAACAAGGUUUUCAAUGACAACACUUUUGCAAAGAUGAAGAAGGGUGUUCGCAUCGUCAACGUUGCUAGAGGAGGAGUUAUUGACGAAGAUGCAUUAGUCAGAGCCCUUGAUAGUGGAAUCGUUGCUCAGGCAGCUCUUGAUGUCUUCACGGAGGAGCCUCCAUCCAAGGACAGCAAGUUGGUGCUACAUGAGAAUGUCACUGUUACGCCUCAUCUUGGAGCUAGCACCAAAGAGGCACAGGAGGGUGUAGCUAUUGAAAUAGCAGAGGCUGUGCUAGGAGCAUUGAAAGGGGAACUUUCAGCAACCGCUGUCAAUGCUCCUAUGGUUGCUCCUGAGGUGCUAUCGGAAUUGGCCCCAUAUGUGGUGCUAGCUGAGAAGCUGGGAAGACUAGCUGUGCAACUGGUGUCUGGAGGAAGUGGAAUCAAAUCCGUAAAGAUUCUUUAUCGAUCCGCUAGGGGUCCAGAUGACUUGGACACUAGACUUCUGCGAGCCAUGGUUACAAAGGGCAUCAUUGAGCCAAUAUCAAACACCAUUGUGAACCUUGUGAAUGCUGAUUUCAUAGCCAAGCAGAAAGGGCUUCGCAUAAGCGAAGAAAAGGUGGUUGUUGAUUCAUCUCCCGAGCUACCUGUUGAUUCAAUCCAGGUGCAAAUAUCCAAUGUGGAGUCCAAAUUUGCAAGUGCUGUAGCAGAGAGUGGCCCUAUAAGCAUCGAGGGAAAAGUGAAGUUUGGUGAACCCCACCUAACAUGUGUGGGAUCUUUCGAUGUGGAUGUGAGCCUUGAGGGAAAUCUAAUCCUGUGCCGACAGGUGGAUCAGCCUGGCAUGAUUGGCCGUGUUGGAAACAUACUUGGUGAGCAAAACGUGAAUGUGAGCUUUAUGAGUGUGGGAAGGACAUCACGCAGGAAGAAGGCCAUUAUGGCUAUUGGUGUGGAUGAAGAACCAAACAAGGAGGCUCUUGACAACAUUGGAGAUGUGCCUGCCAUUGAAGAGUUUGUAUUCCUCAAGCUCUAGUUGGUAUAUAAACCCGGAUCAAUGGAUUUUAAUCAUUAAGUUUUAGAAAGCGAAAUAGCUAUUGAUUAAAAUGAAAUGUUCUUUUUUAACAAUUAUGUAGUUUUUUUCUCUCUCUGAAAGUGCACAUGCACUUCAGAUGAUCUAGAUCUGUUUUUGCAUAUGAUCACCAGAGGUAUUUUGGUGGCAAUUCGAGGAAACUUGAAGCUAUUUUGGGUGUAAUAUAUUUGGAUUUUUGAGAAUAAAACUAGCUGUUUGCAGCUAGUAGUGUGCACCUUUCUGUUGUC